AUGAUUCACGAUACGAUUCACUACCUGCAAGCGGUAGCUGAUCACAUCUCGGCUCCCGACACCACUUCCUCCAGGGAAUGGGCCACAAUGCAUUUCGCCACGCAAAUGCUCCAGAGCAGAUUCGAGCAGAUUCUUGAAAUGGAAGAAAUAGAAAAAGGCAGUGCCUUUGGUCGCAAUGUGUUGUAA